UAAUGGUAAUCACAAAUUAUUAGUAGCCGAUUUACAUAUUCUUAAUCAACUUAGAUCACCAGAUACAUUUAUAGCUGAUGUUAAACAACGCGUACAAAGAAAAGAAAAAUAUGCAUAUGGGUUUGGAAAGAUAAAAAAAGCUCUUAAUUUGAUGCUGAAUUUAGGUUAUGAAACUGAAUUUAUUGAUAUAGUUAAUGGAUUCAUCAAUCGUAAGAAAAAUGAUAUCGAUGAUACGAAUGAUGAAAAUAAAGAAAAUUUGAGUAUAUCUGAUCCUUUAGUUUGA